AUGCCCUUGUUUCGUCGAGCUAAAAUCAUCAAUAACUUUGACUUAAUUGUCGACUGUACUGACAAACUAUUGUCUAAUUGGAGUGCCAUGCCGAGCCAUCAUGUACAUUGUGACAUUGUGCGACAAUGUCAAAAUCUUCUACUAGAAAUAUUUGGCUUAAUCAGUUUUGACUACAAUCUUGAUGCACUCAACGAAUAUGAUUCGAAUCACAAUGAGCUCACGAGAGCAUUACACGUAUUUAUGAGUUCGUGUGCGUUGGUAUUCUAUUCGCCACCUAUAGUAGGCACAUUGUAUACGCAUCUCAACUAUCGACAUCGACAAGCGAAGGCCAUUAUCGAACGUCACAUAUAUCAGCUGAUGGACAAUGAAAUGGCUCAGACUAGAGAGUCAAGAGCAGAACGCAAGAGAACAUGUUUGAUUGCUUCACUCGUGGCUUCUCUGCAAGAGGACGAAGAAGCAGAAGCGAAAAAAAGCGAAGAUAAGAAAACAGGUCUCUCGCGAGCAGAAGUAUUACAAGAGAUCCUCGCUUUCAUGGUUGCUGGCUUUGAAACCACAUCUACUGCGUUGGCCUGGUUCAUUCAUGCGAUGAGCAAGUAUCCAGAUGUACAAAACAAGAUUAAAGAAGAACUGAUGAGUGUCAGUGUUAAUCAGAAUUUGACACUAAAUCAGCUUGACUCUUUAGUAUAUUUGGAUUGUGUUAUCAACGAAAUUCUGCGCUUUUAUCCAAUUACUUCUGGAACUGUUCGUACAUUAACGGCUGACGACCGCCUUCCUGAAAGUAACUUUCAAUUGAAUAAGGGGGAUUCAGUGUUGAUUCCAUUUUACAAUUUGGCACACAAUACUCAACAUUGGUCGAUAGAUACUGAGAGCUUUGCUCCAGAAAGAUUUUUAGACGAAGACAAAAAUCAUCAUCCAUAUGCAUUGCUUCCAUUUGGUGGCGGACAUCGUCAAUGUAUUGGACAAGCUUUAGCACGGUUUGAACUUAAAGUGAUUAUUGCCAGAAUGUUACAACGAGUAACAUUUGGAGAUGGUGGACCGAAAAUUAAUUCAGGUGGACAUUUUACAGGACUCACCAUGCAACCAAAACAUGUUGGUGUUACUAUCGAAUUUUCUUAA